CUCGCCUUCUACUCUCGAGUCAUCGAGCGCCUCGUGAAGGAUUAUCUGGGCUGCACGAACCCUCGCAUCAUCUCCGCCAUCACCUUCGAAGACGAGACCGUCGAGAAUGACGACGUAGAGCUCCUCGCAGAGUGGUGCUACACGGGCUCCCUCGCAUCGCUGGCAAAACCUCACAUCGUGCCCCACCGCCACGACCCUGACGAUGGGAACCACAGUUCCGACGAGGCCGAGUCCGAUGCUGAGCCUAAAGGCAAAGGCAAAAGAGGCAAGAGCACAGGCAAAGGCAGAACCAGCGCCAAGUCCAGCAGCAAGAGAGCCACCGCGAAGCGAGCAAGGACUAAUCUCGAGCCCGAGCCCCAGGAAAUCCCUCGAUUCGCCGUCGGCGCCACGAUCGAGCGGCUGUACUGCAUCGCCGCGGACCUCGAGAUGCCCGAGUUUGCCAACUACUGCAUGUCGCUGGUCAUGGCAAAGUACAGCUGGAACUUCUUUGCCCGGCGAUGGAAGGAUUUCCAGAAACGCGGCACCAACAGCGACAAAAAAGAGCAGCAGCAACAGCAGCAGCAGCAGCAGCGCCGCCCGGGCAUCGGCCCCUUGAACAAGGCCGCCCGGAAGAACAACAACAGCACGAACAGACGCAGCAGCAGCGUCAUUAGCAGCCGCACCGCCAAGGGUCACGAUGUCAC